ACGGAUACGGCGCAUUUUUAAUUUGCUGUAAUGAGUUCAUGUGCUCGAACAACAAAAGACUUUUUUAUAAGCCUGAACAGAAAAAAGGUGAUUGACAAAAGGGAGUCUCCAAAGGUCGAGUUGCGAAGAUGUCUAACUAUCUUUGAUCUAACUGCCUUAGGAGUUGGCACAACUUUAGGUGCUGGAGUGUAUAUUCUUGUUGGCGACGUUGCCAAGUUCACAGCUGGUCCUGGUGUUAUAUUAUCUUUUUUGAUCGCAGCAGUGGCUUCUGUUCUAUCAGGACUAUGUUAUGCCGAGUUUGGAGCCCGUGUGCCACAAAGUGGAUCAGCUUAUGUAUAUAGCUACAUUACUGUUGGAGAAAUAAUGGCGUUUACAAUUGGUUGGAAUCUGAUACUAGAAUAUGUAAUCGGUAUCGCAAGUGUUGCACGAGCUUGGAGCUCUAAUUUCGAUGGUAUACUCAACGGCCAAAUAGAAGAAUUUUUUAAAAAGCAUUUGACAUUAAAUCUUCCUGGUUUAGCUGAAUAUGUAGAUCCACUUGCUGUUGGCUUAAUUAUUUUAAUGACAAUUCUUUUAAGCAUCGGUGUACGAGAAUCCGCAAUGAUUAACAAUGUGUUCACAAUAGUCAACUUGUGUGUCAUCAUAUUUGUAGUUGUAACUGGGUUGAUUUAUGCAAAUAUUGAUAACUGGAAAGUUAUUCCAGAAAAUGUUCUUAUCAAUAAUACUGUAAAACGUACGGAUUUAGGAAAUGGCGGGUUUUUUCCUUUUGGUUUGAACGGCGUACUUUCCGGAGCUGGAACAUGUUUUUUUGCAUUUGUGGGAUUCGAUAUUAUUGCUACAACAGGUGAGGAAGUGCGUAAUCCACAAACAGCGAUUCCUAUAAGUAUUAUCGGAUGCCUGCUAAUAUGUUUCUUGGCAUAUGGUCUUAUAUCUGCUACACUUACGUUAAUGGUACCAUAUUAUUCUAUCUCUUCUGUUGCUGCUCUACCACUUGCAUUUAGUCGCCAUGGCUUACAAUGGGCAAAAUACAUUAUUUCCACUGGGGCUUUGUGUGCUCUAACUACUAGCCUUUUAGGUUCAAUGUUCCCAUUGCCACGCAUUUUGUAUGCUAUGGCAACUGAUGGGCUGUUAUUUGGUUUUUUAAAUCAAAUAAAUUCAAAAGUUAAAACUCCACUUUUAGGUACUAUCGUAUCAGGUGUUAUUGGAUGCAUAAUGACGGCAGUAUUCAGUUUACAAGAUCUAGUCGAUAUGAUGUCUAUCGGAACACUUCUUGCUUACACUCUAGUAUCUGUUUCUGUGCUUCUUUUGAGAGGACAACAAAUGUCCAUUGGAUAUUGCAUCGGGGACACGAAAGAUUAUACAGAAGUAUUGAUGGACGAUGAAAGUUGGCCAGCUGAUAAAUUACCUUUAUCUGAUGAAAAAUCAUAUCCACUCAAGUUUUUGAAUGAAGUAGCUGACAAUACACUUAGUAAUGAUAAAGAACCAUCGAAUGGUCCUGAUGAAUAUUUCGAUCAUAAUAAACCCUCUAUUUCCUCAAAUAACGUUGAUAGUUCAAGUUUAUCAACGGCUUUAAAACAAACAAACAAUUCACCACUUCCUGAUAAUAUUCAUCUUGACAUUUCAACUUAUUUUCGAAGAUGUUUCAAGCGUGAACUUGGUCAGGAUAAACCGUCUCAAACUACCGAAUUAAUCUAUAAAAUAAAUAGUUACUUACUACUUUGCUUCAUUUUUCUCGGCAAUCUGGGUAUAUUACUGUUAGAUAAACUACCUGAAGAAGUGACAAAAACUAUGAUAGUCACAAUCCCAAUAUGGACGUUUGUUGGAUUAAUGAUCCUGAUCAGUAUUAUCAUUUGUUCAGCAUUAGCCAGACAACCAGAAAAUAAAACACCUGUGGCAUUCAAAGUCCCUGGGGUUCCAUGGAUUCCAGCUAUUAGUAUAUUUAUCAACGUAUAUUUAAUGGUUAAAUUGUCAGGGGCUACAUGGAUUAGAUUCUUAGUCUGGAUGAUUAUUGAUAGCAAACAUCUGGUUACUAAUGUAUUGAUAUUUUCAUUCACACGAGUAUGAAGAGAUUACUGAGGGAGGGAAAAUUCUUUAGAUUUGAGAGGAGUAAGCAUACUUUAUUUACUUCAUUGUUUACAUACAUUAUGCUUAUAGAUUCAGUGAAUACAUAUGAUUUUGAGAUAAACUUUUAUUUUGAAUAUCAGAAUACGUUCCCUUCUUACAAACAAAAUUAUGACUUUUAAUCGUUGAAUUCAUGAGUCGAUCUAAGCAAAACCACUACUGAAAACCUCGAAGCAUUGAACGACCGUCUUUUUCUAGUAUGGAACCCUUCUGCAGUGUGCAUCCACGAUCUCGUAUGCGGGACUUGAACCCAAGAUCUUCAGUCUCGCGAACGAACGCUUAACCUC